AUGUUUUCGGAUGGUGUGUACUAUUUUGAAAAUCACCAACAUCAAGGCGCAAUAAUAAACAUUAAACCUAUGCUCAUAAGGUCAAUAAAAAAAUGGCGUCAAGUAGACUUCUCACGCUGCGCUGUCAUCAGUUCGUAA